UUUCGUCGUAGUUUAGGUUAUAAAGAAUAUUAUUAUUUUUUUUACCGUGUGUGUCUGUCUGGCUAAAUAAUAAAUAGGCGUUUUUUCAAACAUUCAUUCUAAGUUCCAACUGCGUACAAUACAGAUAACUGUCUACUGAUUAGGCUAACUUCAAUAUCCGACUUGUCAAAUUGGUCUCGGUGGUUGCAGUUUUAUAUUAAUUAUUUUAACUAAAUAUUUGAUAGUAAUAUAACAACAAUACGUAUUAAAAAUGCAUAAGUGUAUAGUGUGUGGCAAUACAUCGAAUAACACCAAGGUCACUCGUCCAGGAGUUAUGUAUCAUGGAAUUCCCAAGAAUCCAUACAUGAGAAGAAGAUGGCUUAAAGUUUUUGGAAUUGAUCGUUGUCAUGAUUGGCAACGUAUAUGUAGUGAUCAUUUUUUAGAAGAAAACUAUAAGCCAGGAAACAAGCGAUUUUUAUUUUCAAAUACUAUUCCCCAACCUUAUGAUCCAAAUGGUUUUCCUACUAAUUAUGUUACUCAAAAUAAUGAUGUUGAAACUGGAAAUAAUGUAAAUUUACCAAUGGGACAAUAUAUUAUAAAGGAGGAACAUAUUGGAAAUGGUGUUAUAAAUAAUUUUAAAUCACCAAGACGGUCAUCUAAACUUACUAGAAACAAUGAGGAUAUGAGUAAUAAAAAUAUGCAGUACCAUACUUUAGGAUCUGGAUUACGAUGUUCCGUUAAAAAUUGCUUUAACAGGCAUUCAAAGAAUCUUAGUCUCUUUGGCUAUCCUAAGGAUUUCACGCUGAGAAAAAAGUGGAUGGAAAAAUGCGGAAUAAAAAUAGAUCCUGCUCAAAUAGUAAUGAGUAGUACAAGAGUUUGUAGGACUCAUUUUGAACUCGAUUGUUUCAAGAAUAUUGAAUUAAAGAACAGAUUAAAACCAGGCGCUGUUCCAUCAUUAUUUUUAGAUAAUGCACCUAAUGAUUUGCCAGUGCCAAUUAAUGAGGUACCUGAAUUGAGUGAAGAUCAAUUCAUAAGUCCAAUACACAAUAAAGUUGCUGAACAGUCGUCGUCAGAAAAAAAAAAUAAUUUAGAAGAUAAUAUGGAUAAUACUUCCAUGACAAUUGAUCUUACAAUUGAUGAUUCAUCUAAUAGUUCAUCGUCCAUCAUUUUGGAACCAAUUGAGAAAAGAACAUCACAAUGUAUUAAAAUGAAUGUUUGCAAUACUGAAGAUUUUACAAGCGAUGACCACAGGCUUAUUUUUGAAAUGUCUAAGGAAGUUGUACUUCCUAGUUUAUAUUGGAAGAGUGAACAUCUUAAUACACAUAAUGCAACCCGGUUUUAUCAACGAGACGCCAAUGAUGUAACUGUAAAGAAAAUUAAUUUUAAUAAUAACCUUGUGCCAACUAUACAAAUAUAUGGCAAGAAAUACGAAUUUAAAACGCCUAUUACAACAAAGGAAGAGUUGGACGAUCUUUUAGAAAAAAUCGAUAGUAUUGAAAAAUGUUAUGGUAGAGGUGGAUUUGUCUUUGAACAAUGUAUAGGAUAUUUUGAAAAUAGCUUAGAUAAUAUGUGUUCUGGCUGUCAAGGAUUGGUAAAAGAUCGAGAUUUGCAAAGAAUGAAAGCAAAACUUGAGGCUAAAAACAAAAAAUUGGAAAAUUUUAAAAACAGAAUUGCUGAAAAGAAAGAACUUUUAUUACAACUAAGAAGAACGAUGGCAGAAAAUAAAAGAAAUCGUCAACAUAGCCUCGCGUUAAAACCAUCAAGAAUUUCAAAUAUUUGAAGCCAUAAAUACAUUUUUAACAAAUCCUUAAAGAACAAAAUCUGAUGGAGUCAUCUCUAGACUACAUGCUUGGCGUUGGCUAUUGAAUUUUCAAACUUUGUGUACCCGUCCACAACCUACAAAAAAAUCUAUAAAUAAAGAAAUUUGGCUCAAAAAUCAAAAUCAACUAAAUUUGCAAAAAUAUGUAACAUAAAAUUACAGAUUUGAAUUGGUCGUAACAUAAAAUAAAUUUCAAAUUUGUAUCUCUGACAUUUUUUUUUUUUUAAACAUACAAAACAAUAUUAUGUAAAAUAUUGUAUGAAUAUAUUUUUAUUUAUUUUAUAGUUCUAACAUUUUUUUUUUCUUUAAACAUACAAAACACUAUUAUGUCAAAUAUUGUUUGAAUAUAUUUUUAUUUAUUUUAUAAUUCUAAAAUGUACAUUUUAGAUGAGCGGAGUGCAACAGUUUUUAUUUUAUAUCCAAAAUAGUAGAAUUUGAGUAACCUAACAUAAAAAAAAAUGUAAGCCACACUGUAUUUAAAAGUAAAAUAUUUAUACAAAUUUAUUAUCGGUAUAAUAUUUAUUACUAUUAGUUAUAAAUCAACAAUUUUCAGAAUUUAUAAAUAAAAAACAUUUGGUUUUGUGAAUAUUUUAUUUUUAUGGGCACCAUAUAUAAGUAAUUAUAUAACAAAUGUGUGUAAAAAUACCAAUUAGUAAAUAAAUUAUUAGUACAUUGUUUAUCCAAUAAUAUAAAUCUAAAAAAACUGAUUUCCUAUAAAGUAUAAAAUGUAUAAUAGGUAUAUCCAAGGCUGGGCAAGUUAAUGAUUUUUUUUAACUCGGAUAAGUUAAGUUUAUAUGCAUCAAUAACAAAAAGUUAAAAGUUAAUUUAACUAUAGGUUAACUCAAUUAAGUUAAAAGUUAAUACACACUUUUAAUUAAGUAAAAAAAAAUUUCAUUUGUUUGUUUGUACAAGGCUAGCGUACUUAAUUUUUUUAUAGCCCAAAACUAAAUUAGACACUAUAAUGUUUAUAAUGUAUAUAGUAUUUCUAUAUAAGUUGGAUUCAAAUAAAUAUGAAUAAUACAUUUUUUUUAAUUUAAACAAUUCACAGUUAAUAUUGUUUGACAUGACAACAAAAUAGACUGAAAUAGUGAAAUAUAAUAAAAUUAAAAACAAAAUAAAUUAACAUAACUUGCGUCUUAAAAUGAAAAAUUAAUUCGUUAAUUUCACGUUAAUUAAAAAAGAAAUUCAGUAAGUUAAUAGUGAGGUUAAUGAAAAGCCAAAAGUAACUAUUUAAGUUAAAAUGUUAAAAUAAAAUAAACUUUUUAACUUAACUUUAACUUUUUAACUCGUUAAUGCCCAACCUUGGGAUUACUAUACAUUUACAUUUAGUGUUUUUUUAAAUUUUAAUUAUGUACAUUUUCUUUGGUAUAUAGGUACUAUUUUAAACUUCUGACAAAAAAU